GCGAUGGAGCGAUGAAUGUUUUUAGAAACUGUCAAUCAUAGGGAAGUUGACAUUUUUAGCAUUAUUAUAUUUGUAAAAUAUAUUUAAAGUUUAUAUACAUUUAUUGAGAAUGGAUAUAACUAGCACGUACGCGAUGAAGCGCUCCUCGAUGGGCAAGCAGCUGAUGUUCUGUGAGCAGUCGACGCAGCUGUGCGACUCCGUGGCGCCGGACCCCGUGGAGGCGCGCCGCUACAUCCUGCGCAACCCCGUGCACGCCACCGUGCAGCACGCGCCGCGCUACUCGGAGCACCACAUCAACACCAUACGGGCGGACUACACCAACUCGGGGGCCAACCACUCGGAAGGCGGCUGGCCGGACUACGUGAACAUCCACGACCCCGAGGCCACUCAACGAUACCGACGCAAACUUGAGAAGGAUGACGGUUACAUCCAUUGCGUUAUGAAUCUGACUCCGGACUUGGAACAUUACGUGUAUCAAAACAACGCCAUCGACAUGUACCAGACGUACUACACGGAGCUGAAAAAAUAUCCAAAAGUGGAAGAGAGCGAUUGUCGCACGGUGAACAUCUUCCGCGACAAGCAGACCCACGACGGCCGCAGGUCUGUCAGCUCCAUCUGCUGGCAGCCGGAGGGCGGCUAUCGCUUUGCGGUGACUUACGUAGACGUGGACUUCAACAUGAAUAGUCUCUCUCCCGUGGAGGCGUACAUAUGGGACGUGGAGCAGUCGACCAGCCCCGAGACGACGCUGGAGCCGCCGUGCCCUAUGGUGGACCUGCAGUACAACCCGCGCGACCCCAGCGUGCUGGCAGGGGCGCUGCUGAACGGCCAGGUGGCGGCCUGGGACCGGCGCAGCCCGCACGGGCCCGUGCUGUUGUGUCCGCCGCACGUGGCGCACCGCGACGCUGUGCGCAGCGUGCUCUUCAUCAACGCCAAGUCCGGCGCGGAGCUGUUCUCCGGCGGAGUGGACGGUGCCAUCAAGUGGUGGGACCUGCGGAACUUCACGGACCCUACCGAGGAGCUCAUCCUCGACCUGGUGAAAUCCAAUGAGCAGCAGGUGCUGUCCAACGCUAAGGGAAUCAGUUGCCUGGAGUUCGAGCACACCAUACCGACGCGGUUCAUGGUGGGGACAGAAGUGGGAAUGGUCAUUACGGGCAAUCGCAAAGGAAAGACUUUUGCAGAAAAACUGCCUGGAAAAUUUGACGCGCACGUGGGUCCAGUGUGGCGGGUGGAGCGCAACCCUGGCUUCCUGAAGAACUUCCUGACGGUCGGCGACUGGACGGCGCGCGUCUGGAGUGAAGAGUGCCGCGAGUCCGCCGUCUUGUGGACGGCUCCACACCGCCACAUCAUCACUGACGGUGCCUGGAGUCCGACUCGGGUGUCGAUGCUGAUGCUGACCAAGAGCGACGGCGUGCUGGCCGUGUGGGACCUGCUGGCCUCGCAGCACCAGCCCGUGCUGAGCACGCAGGUCUGCCAGGACCCGCUGCUCAGCGUGCGCCCGCACGAGGGGGGCGCGCUGGUGUGCUGCGGCAACGCGGCCGGCAACGUGUACCUGCUGGAGCUGUCGCACGACCUCACGCUCAGCGACAAGAACGACAAGCAACUGCUCACCUCGGUGUUCGAGCGGGAGAGCAAGCGCGAGCGCAUCCUGGAGGCGCGCAUGCGCGAGAUCAAGCUGAAGCAGCGGCAGGCGGAGGAGAGCAGCCCGGCGGCGUCGCUGAGCUCGCUGGACGCGGCGGCGGCGGGCGACGCCGACCUGCACCUCGCCGGCGCCGAGUUCUUCUCCAUCGUCAAGAAGGAGCUCACCUACUUCUGAUGUGCCUACCUACCUACUUCUGCGGCCUAUAUCCAUCUAUUUUUAUGGAUAUAUUUUUGUGAUACUUUAAUUUUUAGACCACUGUAAUGUUACCUGAUGUACCUAUUUGUUAGACUUUUAAUUAAUUUUUAGUACAGUUAUAUCUAUCGUUAUCUUGUAAUACGUUUUUAAUUGUUAAGGAGGAUGCGGAAUUUAAAUUUUCCUAUAUAUUUUGCAAUUGUUUGUGGCCUGACAUCGGAUAGUACUUACGAUGACAACAUAUAUAUAUCUGCUUAGUAAUUACAUGCAUAAAUGAAGCAUCCACCUUAAAAUAAUAUUUUAGAAUAACAUAUAUUUUGUAGUUUUGUGUAAUUUGUUUCAUACCUAAUAUUACGCGUUUGUUAUCAAUAAACAUAUUAGACGAGGUAA